AGGUUUUACUGGUAGGUAAAAAUAAAAUUUACCGAAAUAGGAGGGUAGUUGCGCCUUUAAAUUGCCAACUGCUCGCCCUCUGAAUGGAAUCGCUUUAGUGUUUUGAUCGAUCUUUAGUUAGUUCUAGAAAUAAUUGUCAAUUGAUCGGUUAUACGUGUUUGGAAAUCAACUGAAUAAUCUUCUCUGAUCCAUGGAGCCUAUUCUAGACUAAGAGUUCUUAAGAGUUUGAAUCUAUUAGACAAAGUUUAAGGGUUCCGGCAAAAUCUCUUCUACUGGUUGGUUAAUAGGUUUGAUGUUUUGAAGCAUAUUUAUUAUAGUGAUGUGUGCGCGCGGGUGCAGAUUGAAUUCUGGAUCUGUCUUCUGCUGACUCUGUUUGGAUGGAUCCCUGGAAUUAUUUAUGCGGUUUGGAUCCUCACCAAGUGAUCCUCUUGUUUGUUUGGUGGAGAUAUGUGAAUGCCAUCAAAUCCGAUAAAAGGAGUGUAACGUGCCGUUCUUGUCCCACAAGUUUGGUGUUAUGGUUUCUAUUGUGCUAGUUGGAUUUGAGAUGUGUGUGUGACGCCAUGUAUGUUACUACUUUCGUUCUAGUAUAUUCGUCGAGUUUGACUUUUUUGAGUUAAACUAGACAAAUUUGAAGUCUCAAUUAAAUAAAAAUUGUAAUGUAUAUGAGUAUAAAAAUGAUUUCGUUUGAUUUAUUUUAUUGAAAAUUGUCAAAAUUGUACUUUUAAUGUAUUAAUAUACAGUUCAAAUUGAGAGUAUUCGUUGAUGAUUAAAAGGGAGAGGGGUGGAGAGAGGAGCACAGUGAUUCAGUGAACAAAGGAUGAAGUUCUAGAAAUGCGUUCUCCUCUCUUCCACGUUUCCUCGAUUUCAAGAUCAGAUUUUCAGUUUUUGUUCUUACUGAUGAUGGAGUCGUGAUCGCCCUUCUCACCUGAUUUCGUACUUAUUAUAUUUCCAGUUUUGGGGGUGGGAUUUAUUCAUUAAUUUAUCCUUCUGAAUAUGAUUGAUUUGGAGUUUGGGUUUUAGAGAUGGGCAGAUGCGUGUCGAUUCAGGACGGCUGCCGCCACAGAAGGAAGACGAGUCGGAUGAGGAAAAAGGCUACCGACAGAAGAAAGGGGAGGAAUCCAAAAAGGACUUGGACUGUAGUGGUUGGAAUUGCAGAGAUGCCGAAGGAACAUUUCCAAGCCAGAACAUGACAAAGACGCAGCCUCCUACGCAAGAUGACAAGGCAGAGCCAGAGGACCCAGAAAUCCACCUGGACUCCUUCAAUCAGAGUGCAACCAUGAACGGUUGCACAGAUGAAGAAAAGUGCCUCCUUUUCUUCCAGACCUUGCGGAAUCGAGCCACCGAGUGGUUCAACAAGCUUCGCCCGGGAAGCAUUGACUCAUUCAGCGACUUGGCCUCGAAGUUCAAGGCCAAGUUCCAGGAGAACUGUACCAAGAGGAAGAAAUUCACCUAUCUUAGUACAGCCGGGCAGAGGGAAUCUGAGAACCUCACCCAAUUCCUUACCUGGUGGAAAGAGGAGGUAGACAAGGUGGAAGAGAUGGAUGACAAAACCGUCUUAUCUCUCCUCUUGAGUGGCUUACGUGCCGGGGAACUAUACAAGGAGUUCUGCCGGAAACCCCCGGCCACGUACCAGGAAGCCUACCACACUGCCUGGGAAUUUGCUGAGGCUGAAACUCAACUCCGGGCAAAGAAAGAAGCUGAGCAUGGUUUCAAGCCCAAGCCGGUGCAAGUCAAGAAGGAAGAAGCACCGGUAACCAGCCGGCCAAGGCACCACUAUGACCCGGUCGUUCGCAUGGUCAACACAGAAGAGUGCCUGGAGGAAAGGAAAGCAACGGCUCCUUACCCAGUCAUUCCUCCGGAAAAUCCUACCGGUGAAACUAGGCAUCAGUGGUCGGGCACCUAUUGUUCAUAUCACAGGUCAGAUUCCCAUAACACUUACGAAUGCAAGAGUGUUAAGGGAGUGAUCCGGCAGAUGAUAGACAGCGGGGAACUGGGCAAGGAUUACCUGCAGAAAGCCCAGGAGAAGAACCAUCAAUGGGUAAGACCAGCAACCCAGGAGAACGACCGGGACAAGGACCGGCGGAGGAACAACUGGCAGAGGGAGCAACAGCCUGCCCCUGACAAAGAGCAUAUUGGGAUGAUCUUUGGCGGACCCGAAGGAGGAGAUUCAGCCGCGCAGCGAAAAAACUGGGUUCGCAGCAUUUACGUUGGUGAAGUGAGUGCUGAACCGGCCAGGCGUAAGUAUCCCAGGAGGGAGCCAAUAGUCUUCACUGAACGGGACCUCCCUCCUACCGGUGAAGAUCACAGUGAUCCAUUGGUCAUCACCAUGGACAUCAACGGGGUGGACGUCGCCCGGGUACUUGUUGACACCGGCAGCAGUGUCAACAUCCUCUACCUGGAGACCUUCCAGAAACUCAGGUUGUGUCGGACACAACUUGAACCCCUCAAAACCCCUCUCUCAGGCUUCACGGGAGAUACGGUGGAAGCUGAAGGGUCCAUAGUUCUACCGGUCGAACUAGGAUCGGGCGAGAAGGCCGUAUGGAAGAAAAUGUGGUUCAUCGUCGUGGACAUCAAAUGCGUCCACAACGCAAUCCUUGGAAGGCCUGGCAUCAACAAGGUCGGGGCGGUGAUUUCCAUGCCUCACCUAUGCAUGAAAUUCCACACUCCAGGUGGUGUGGGUAAAGUGAAGGGCGACCAGAGGAACGCCCGGGAGUGCUAUGCUCGGGCGGUCAAGAAGAUGACCAAGGGAGUCAACGUCAUCUCCCAAGAAAUCACCAAGGGAGAAACCCGGGAGAAACUUGAACCCGAGGCCGAGACGGUGGAGAUCGAACUUCACCUGGGUGAUCCUUCAAGGAUGGUCAGAAUCGGAGCCAAUCUCCCAGAAGAUCUCAAGGCGGAGAUUACGCGGGUACUCCGAGAAUACGCGGGCAUAUUUGCAUGGAGCGUGGCAGAUAUGCCCGGAAUCGACCACUCAAUCAUCUGUCACCGGUUGGCAGUGAGAGAUGGAAGUCGACCGGUACGCCAGAAGAAAAGGUACCUGGCCAGUGACCGGCGGGACUUCGUCAAGAAGGAGGUGAAGGAUCUCCUCAGUGUUGUGUUGCGUAAUUCAACAUCCUCCGGGAGGAUGGUGAAGUGGGCGAUGAUGUUAACUCAAUUCAACAUUGAGUACCGGCCAAGGUCAGCAAUCAAAGGGCAAGCCCUUGCGGACUUCCUUGUAGAGAUGACCGGUAUAACUCCAGAUGAACCGGUCAACAAACCCACUGAGCAAUGGUGGGAGAUGGCAGUAGACGGGGCGUCCGGUCCUAAUGGUUACGGGGGUGGUAUAGUCUUUACUACCCCAGAAGGAUUCAAAAUUUACCAUGCGAUCAUCUUCAACUUCAAGCUGACAAACAUUGAGGCAGAAUACGAAGCUCUGGCUGGAGGGCUCAGAUUGCCCAAGCCCUGAAGAUCGACCGGGUCAGUAUCUGUAACGCCCUAAAAUAUACCCUAAAAUUUAUUGAAUUAAAUAUUCAAUUUUAUCAAAUUUGUUUUGAUUAAAAUAAAUGUUUGUUGGGCUUUGGGCCAAAAUGAAAUAUGUUUAAAUAU